AUGGUGCCUGUACGGUUUCUUUUGGCGUCGGCCCUUGUGUUUUCGGCGGCCGUUACUGCUCCGAUCAAUCCCAAUGCAGAGGCUGAGACGUCCCGCGCAGCCCUGCCCAUCACGCAUCAGAGCGAGCCGAUGCGCAAGGCCAACCCGGUCAUGUCAAGUAUCCCCGCUGCAACUAUUGACGCUCAUGCCCUGGCAUCAGCAGCAGCUGCUAGCGCACUUUCGUCUGAUAGCAGCCAGCAACAAGAUAACGGCGUCUUCGAUGUCUUGAACGACUUGCCCCUAGGCUCCAGUGACGGGGAAAUCAAGCGUCGGCAAUUAGAAGGUAUCACCGACCUCUUAAAAAGCCUGAACAAAAUCAGCGGGAAGCGCGAAGAAGAACUUGAAACUCGACAAUUGGGACUGGUCAAGAGCAUCCCUGAAGCAGCCAGCCAGCUUGGCCAGGUUGCCAAUCUUGCAAAAGUCCUCCCUAUCAAGCGUACCCGAGAAGAUGCUGGCAUGCUCGGGGGACUUGGGGGGCUGGGUGGUGUUCUAGGCGGUUCUGUCAAGCGCGAUACCAAGAAAAGUGAUACAGAGAAGCCUACGUAUACCGAGAAUGCACUUAAAGGACUCCAAGGCAUGCUUCAUUCUGUUUCUUCUAAGGAUCACGACAAGGAGGAGACACCAUCGGCGACACAGUCCACAGGUCUCGACCAGAUUGUGAAACGGGGCGAUGCUGAUGAUUCUCUAACCAGCGAGGAGAAGGCCAUGCUUGAACAGCUCGUAAAGCGCGGAAGCGUGGAUCCGCUAAGCGGUAUUGAAUCACUCGUUUCUGGCCUGGGUCUUAUCGGAAAACGUGGCGAUAGCAGCGUGUUCGACAUUCUUGACGAGCUGACCAGCCUUUGGGGCAUUCUGCGCAAGCGCGAGAGUUCGGAGUCAGUGGGUACUUUUCUCGAAUCCCUUUCUAAACGCCAAUUGGACAUUCUCUCGACUCUGGCCACUGCGACGUUGAGCAAUGCUGGCGCGGCUGCUGGAGAUCUCCCAAAGCUUGUUACUGGGAAACACCGUCGUGACCAUGGCGACCCAGAUACCACUAGCGCUGCUGCACUAGAAUCAUUGAUCGGACUGGCAGAAAGCAAGGGCAAGCAUGCAGCUUCCGGCAGUGGUGAUGCCACCGGCCUAUCUGGUAUUGCCGAUGAAUUCCUGGCAGGAACAAAAGAUGCUCAGGACGCCUCAAGAGCAACGCAGGGUCACUCCGAGUCCUUAGCCAAGGACGCAGCUAAGGGGCAGCCUGUAUCUAAGCGACAAGUACCCCCGAUUGCUGGUGCGGAUGUAUUGAGUGUUGUGAAAGGCCUGCUUGCUGACCCUAGAAAAGCUGUCAAGCCAGUGACUGAGGGUAUCAUGGUGGGAGGGAGCUCAAUCGGUGAUCUUGCGACUCCCUGA